CUGUCAACAGUCAAAAUGUCCAAAGGGCCUUUCAUUCUCUGGCUGGCGAUUGAGCUGGUGCAGCUUUAUCUGACACCAGCCACAUCAGAGAUUGUUGUGAUGGCAUUUUUGGGUCAGUCGGUGACUUUGCCCUGUACAUAUGCAUCCUGGUCUUCGCAAAGCAAUAGCAUGUGCUGGGGCAGAGGCUCGUGUCCCAAGUCCAAAUGCAACCAGGAGCUUCUCCACACGGAUGGAACGAGGGUGAUCUCAAGUUCAUCAGCAAAGUACAAACUCCUGGGGAGAGUCUGGGCAGGCGAUAUCUCCUUGACCAUCUCAAACACCAAUAAAGAUGACAGCGGCGUGUACUGCUGCCGCAUAGAGGUGCCUGGCUGGUUCAAUGACGUGAAGCAGAACAUUCGCCUGCUGCUGAGAGCCCCAACAACCACGCACCCAACAACAACCACACGCCCAACGACAACCACACACCCGACGACAACCACGCGGCCGACCACAACCACGCAUCCAACCACAACUACAUGGCCAACCACAACCAUGCACCUGACCACCACCCCUCAAAUCAUGACAACCACAGCUGUGCUUCCAACAACAGUUGUGACUACACCUGACCUCACAACCAGAACACCACUUCAGACAAGAGCCACCACUGCCUUGGCAACAACAGCAAAGACGUGCCCUCUAACAACCCCAAGCUCCCUUCCAGAGGCAGCCACAGAUCUUCUGACCACUGAGCCUUCCACAGCAGGGUCCACCCUCACUGCAGAGUCUGAAGAUCGGAUUCACCUAUCAACAUCCGAGGCCUCGACGUGGAAAAUGAGAGAUUCAGUGACUUUUUCUCAGCCUGGAGAAGAGAGAAUACUUGCUGGAACAUCCACAGGCUGCUGCACUGCUGAAGAAGAGCUUAUUAUGACCAGUCAGUCUCCAGCAUCUAAGAUGACAAUUCCUGUGCAAAACGAAGUUGAAUCAGAACAGGUGGAAAGGAAAAUCAUGAAAACCAAUUGUUUGCAGAAACACACGAGGCUAGAAAAUGUUGGAGAAAGUAAAAAUGUCCUUAAUGACAUGCAACAUGAAAGGGAAGAUGAAGAUGGCCUUUUUACACUCUAACAUGCUACUUUUUCUACGACUGAGGACGGGGGCAUGACACUUGGAGUGUCAGAAUAAGUCUGGCAAUAUUUUAGUUUUUAUAUUUAAAAAAAAAUUUCACCUAUUC